AUGAAGGACUUUUGUAAUUACUCCGUCUGUUCCCUCUCCGGUGAAGGCGAUAAAUGGCCGUACCUUCAUAGUAUCGGCGAAAUUGGUACCGGAUGUGGAGCUUCCGUCUAUCGCUCACAAUCACUCGAGCACCUGAAGCAUUUCUCAUCAACUCCAGAACAGGGGUCCGCCGUGGGUUGGGCUGUUUAUAGGCAAAGAGGAGUCCACAGGAAGGAAGACUACCUCUACAGGUUGGGCAAGGAGGCCGACAACAUGAACAUCGCCGUCGGAGCUAGGUCCGGCGUCAUCGAUGACCUUUUCGCCGGAAACUUUCUCGGCCGAGACUCGGAUAUUGUGUUUGAUUAUCGUCAAAAGGUGACGAGGUCGUUCGAGUAUCUUCAAGGCGAUUACUACAUCGCUCCUCUCUUCAUGGAUAAAGUUGUAUGCCACAUCACGAAGAACUACCUCUCUCAUCUUCUCAAUACUAAAGUUCCUUUGAUCCUAGGUAUUUGGGGAGGAAAGGGGCAAGGAAAAUCAUUUCAGACUGAACUUAUAUUCCAGACCAUGGGAAUUGAACCUGUAAUUAUGUCUGCGGGAGAACUAGAGUCAGAAAGAGCUGGUGAGCCAGGGAAACUGAUUCGUGAACGCUAUAGAACAGCUUCUCAAGUGGUCCAGAACCAAGGCAAGAUGAGCUGCUUAAUGAUCAACGACAUUGAUGCUGGCCUUGGUAGAUUUGGAAACACUCAGAUGACAGUCAACAAUCAAAUUGUUGUUGGAACACUCAUGAAUCUGGCGGAUAAUCCUACAAGAGUGAGUGUUGGACAAGACUGGCGAGAAGCAGAUAUUACAAAUAGGAUUCCUAUCAUUGUCACUGGGAAUGAUUUCUCAACAAUUUACGCUCCCUUGAUUCGAGAUGGACGGAUGGAAAAAUUUUACUGGCAGCCAAACCGUGAGGACAUUGUGAAUAUCGUCCACAGGAUGUAUGAGACAGAUGGAAUAUCUAGAGACGAGGUUAUAAGCAUUGUGAACACAUUUCCUAAUCAAGCCCUGGAUUUCUAUGGAGCUCUAAGGUCCCGAACAUAUGACAGGUCUAUUUCUAAGUGGGUUGACGAUAUUGGAGGUGUUGAAAAUCUUGGAAGCAAACUCCUAAAGAGAAGAAAGAGUGACAAACUUCCCGUUUUUACUCCUCCAAAGCAAACAGUAGAAGCUUUGCUUGAAUCAGGCAAUUCUUUAGUCAAAGAACAGCAGCUGAUAAUGGAAACUAAACUAUCAAAGGAAUACAUGAAGAACAUUGAUGACUAGAAUUUUGGAUGCCAUAGAUUGGUCUUUUAGAAAUAAUCUUUUCAGCAUCAAAAACUGUCUUGAAAUUUGAAUGGUACAUCAUAAUUCAUGUCUUUAUGUUGCCUUGUACGUAAUUCAAGCCUGUAUUUUUCGAAA